CUUUUUUUUUUUUUUCCCCGGGAUUUCGGUCAGAAAAUCCCGGGAUUUGAGGCGCAGCAGGAACGGGAUGAAAUUCCAAGGAUUUCUUCAGCCGAGCGAUUUUUUUUGGGUUUUUUUAUUGCGGUUUUUGUUUUGAACGAGCAAAAAUCCGUGAGAAAUCCGCGAUCCAGGGAAUUCCUGCCUCGGGAAUGUCGGCCCUGGAACCGGGAAUGACUUAAGGGCAAAGCCGCGCUUGGCUUUUCCUCGAUAAAUUAUUAAUUAGGAAAUUAAAAAUAAUUUAAAAAAGGGGUUUUGGGGAGGGGAUAAUUUAGAAAAAAUCCGGUGUUUUCCGGCAAGGACUGACAGCGCUCCGGGCCUCUGGAAUCGCUGGAACUUUGGGAGCCUCCGCGGGGAUUUUUUUUUUUUUGGGGGGAGAUUUAUUGGAGAGGAAAAUCAAGGAGAAGGAAAAAAGGGAUCGGAGAUCGGUGAGAACGCCCGGGAGCCGGGAUCGGGCACGGCUGAGGUGCCCAUGGCGGGCCGGAAGCGCGGCGCAGGCGGUGGCAGUGCCAGCGGCGGCGCGGGCGGCGCGGUGCCGUGGCCCGAGGAGCCGGGCGAGCGCGAGCAGGGCCUGUACUCGCUGCACCGCAUGUUCGACAUCGUGGGCGCGCAGCUGACGCACCGCGACGUGCGCGUGCUCUCCUUCCUCUUCGUGGACGUGCUGGACGAGGCCGAGCGCGGCCGCAUCCGCUCGGGCCGCGACUUCCUGCUGGCCCUGGAGCGCCAGGGCCGCUGCGACGAGAGCAACCUGCGGCAGCUGCUGCAGCUGCUGCGCAUCAUCACCCGCCACGACCUGCUGCCCUACGUCAGCCUCAGAGACGGCGCCCCGGUGAGUGCCCGUCGCGAUAUAUCGCGAUAUACGGGGUGAUAUUGGGGUAUUGGGGUGGCAUCAUCACCCGC